AUGGCCAAAAGUUUACGCUCAAAGUUCAAGCGCAAGAUCCGAGCAUUGGCACGGGCGAAAAAAGCCCAUAAAGAAGCUGUCUGGCUUCAGGAAGCCGUGUCUAGAAGGGAUGUUUAUGAACAGGAACAAGCUGACAUUGAAAAAUGUGUCACUCCUGGCACUACCGUACACCUAAAUCCUGUUAGAAGGGCGACAAUUAACGUAAAUACUAUGAAGAAGCAAGAUGGCACUUAUCCUCCAUGGAUUAGUGGAACAUGUAAAAAACUGAAUUGUUAUGGCAAAAAUUGCAAUGUGGCAAAAUUUGAGGUAGAUGUUAGAGUUGCAUUGUUCUCUUGA